AUGGUGUAUCAAGAUCAUUUAACUAAGUUUGUCCAGGUAAGACUUUUGAAAACUGAAAGAGCUGAAGAAGUAGCGUAUCACAUUCUUGCAAUAUUUUUAACAUUUGGUGCUCCAGCAGUAUUGCAAUCAGAUAAUGGUAGAGAAUUCAGUAAUCUAGUCAUAUCCGAAAUAUGCGCUAUGUGGAAAGAUGUUAAGAUAGCUCAUGUAAAGCCUCAUCACAGUCAAACACAAGACUCAGUUGAAAGGGCCAAUCAGGAUACGCAGAAUAUGCGAACUGCAUGGAUGAACGAUAACAAUACAAAUAAAUGUACAGAAGGUUUACUCUUUGUUCAAUUUGCCAAGAACACUACAUACCAUGAAGGAAUAUGCCAAAGUCUUUAUAAAGCCAUGUUUGGCAUUAAAGCAAAAAGAAGCAUAGCAUCGUCUUUUUUGCCUAGCGAAUAA